CCUGAGCACCCAACGUCUCAUUCCUCCACGGUCAACCCUGCCGGGAACAGCAGACACUGGUUUCGGUGAAGUUUAUAUUUAAAAAAAGUGUCAGUUUUUUAAAAAAGAUAUAUUUUUAAGUGAACGUUUUUGUCUCAAUAGCUUGACUCUUGUUCUAGUUUUGUUCAGGCAGCGAGGAAGCAAAGUUAUAACAGCGUAGCCCGGUCUCGCUAUAACAAAAGAAAAAAAACAUCACUUCUCCGACGAAAGUAAUACCUCACUACGCUCUAGUUAUGAGUCAUGUGGUCGUCGAUAAUCCACACGGUCUAGAUCAGCAGCUUGCUGCCCUAGACUUGAACUCUGUCGAAGGACAAGGCGGAGGAACUGGAAGACGUUACAUUCCACCUCACCUAAGAAACAAAGACGCGUCCAAAAAUGCAGGAAAUGCUUAUUCCGCUGGUAGACAGUGCGGUUAUUCAGUGGCACCAGUAAAUCUCUAUUCACCUGGAUGGGACAGUGGCCGCAGCAAUGGAUUUGUGAACGGUUAUCACGACAACCGCACAAACGGGGGCUAUGGAGGGCGUGGACCUCCACGCCAUGAUAGAGGUGGGCGCGGCGGCUUCCGUGGUAACGGGGGCGGAGGCUCCUUUAAUCAACCAUUUCAGAAUGCAGGAUUUGGUGGUUACGACAACAAAGACGGCAACUGGGGUGGACCGCCAAGGGAUGCUGCCUACAACAGUUUUGGAGGACGAUCUGAUCGAUCAAAGUCUGCCUACUUUAAUGAUCGCGGGGCUGGCUCAAGAGGAAGGUAUGAGCGUGGUGGCUAUGCUGGUGGAGGAAACAGCCGCUGGGUGGAGGAAUCCAGAGAUGAGGAUUGGUCCAAGCCAACUGCUCCUAAUGAACGUCUAGAACAUGAGCUUUUCUCUGGAAGCAAUACUGGGAUUAACUUUGAGAAGUAUGAUGAUAUUCCCGUGGAGGCCACUGGAAGCAACUGCCCACCCCACAUUGAAAGCUUCCAUGAUGUGGACAUGGGGGAAAUCAUCAUGGGCAACAUCACCCUGAGUCGCUACACGCGCCCUACUCCGGUCCAAAAGCACGCCAUUCCCAUUAUCAAGUCUAAGAGAGACCUCAUGGCCUGUGCCCAGACUGGAUCUGGAAAGACCGCUGCCUUCUUGCUCCCAGUGCUGAGUCAGAUCUACACUGAUGGGCCAGGAGAUGCUUUGCAGGCUGCCAAGAAUACUGGACAGGAGAAUGGAAGAUACGGCCGCCGUAAGCAGUACCCAAUUUCCCUCGUCUUGGCUCCCACCAGAGAGCUGGCUCUGCAGAUUUAUGAUGAGGCCAGAAAGUUUGCCUACCGCUCACGCGUUCGCCCUUGUGUGGUGUACGGUGGAGCUGACAUCGGUCAGCAAAUCCGGGAAUUGGAGAGAGGGUGCCACCUACUGGUAGCUACUCCUGGCCGCCUGGUGGACAUGAUGGAGAGGGGCAAGAUUGGUCUGGACUACUGCAACUACCUGGUGCUGGAUGAGGCAGACCGCAUGUUGGACAUGGGUUUUGAGCCACAGAUCAGACGCAUCGUGGAGCAAGACACAAUGCCACCGAAAGGCAUCCGUCAGACAAUGAUGUUCAGUGCCACCUUCCCUAAGGAGAUCCAGAUCCUGGCUCGUGAUUUCCUAGAGGACUACAUUUUUUUGGCUGUUGGUCGCGUUGGUUCCACCUCAGAGAACAUUACCCAGAAGGUGGUAUGGGUUGAGGAGACUGACAAGAGGUCCUUCCUCCUGGACCUGCUCAAUGCAACAGUUAUUCCCAAUGAGGUUCAGGAAAAUGGGACAGAGCCCACAGAAAUGCCAGGCAAAGACUCGUUGACGCUUGUCUUUGUGGAAACCAAGAAAGGUGCAGAUGCUUUGGAGGACUUCCUUUAUCACGAGGGCUACGACUGCACUAGCAUCCAUGGGGACAGAUCCCAGAGAGAUCGAGAGGAGGCGCUACAUCAGUUCCGCUCCGGACGCCGCCCCAUCCUGGUGGCUACUGCUGUGGCUGCUAGAGGUUUGGACAUCUCCAAUGUGAAGCAUGUCAUCAACUUUGAUCUGCCUAGUGACAUUGAAGAAUACGUUCACCGUAUUGGCCGUACGGGACGUGUGGGCAACCUUGGUCUGGCCACGUCGUUCUUUAACGACAAAAACAGCAACAUAACCAAAGACUUGUUGGACAUCUUGGUAGAGGCAAAGCAGGAGGUCCCCUCCUGGCUUGAGAGCCUCGCCUAUGAGCACCAGCACAAGAGCAGUAGCCGUGGCCGCUCCAAGAGGUUCUCUGGUGGUUUCGGUGCUCGGGACUACCGACAGACCCCAGGAGGAUCGGGAAGCUUUGGCAGCAAUCGCACAGGCCGAAACACGGGCAGCCAUGGAGGGAACCGUGGCUUUGGUGGCGGUGGCUUUGGAGGCAACUUCUACGACACUGGCUACGGUGGAAACUACAGCCACUCAGGAAGUGUGGACUGGUGGGGUAACUAGUCGCCAAAGGAGUAGGUUGCCAUACCAGCUCAAUGGAAAACCACAUGUUAACUUAAAAGCCAGACCAUAACAACCCUCUCUGUGUAGCGUCACUGUCACACAGUACAUUAGCAGCCCUGGUUCUGUGCCAGGUGCUUCUCUCCAAAAAAACAAAAAAAACACGAGUGCAGCGUGACGCUAAGGGAAAGUCACCAGCUUGCGCAUGUGUGCACGGCACCGGAGAGAGCAGACACCUCCCCACACCCACUGCGCCUCAGCGCAAGCAUGGAUGCUGCCAUGCACUGUCCGAUGGCAAACUCGGACCGGUAUUGUUAAGUCUUUUUAUGGCUCUACAAAGCAACCCUAAAAUGCAAAAACAACUCCUGAGGAUCAAUAGUAUGUUAACGUACUCUGCCUUUUUUAUUUUAAAAAGGAAAUUUGUAUUUUCAUUUCACCAGAUGAGGAAAAAUGGCCAAGAGCUAUAAUUUACUUUUUACUGUUUGGUUUAGUGGCAAAUAUUAAGGGAGGUUUAACAGAAGAGGAAAAAAAAAUCAAUGUAAUCCGUCAAACCUUGGCAAACACUAGGGUGUUGUGGCUCUUGAGUCAUGAUUCCAUUUGAACCUCAAAUUUUCUACCAAAAAACUGACGGGCCCACUGUGCCGCUUUGAAUUUUCUGUUGUAAUCCUACAUUUUUUGUUUGUGCUCACUCUAUCCUGGACUGGCUCCAUCUUUAAAAAAAGAAAAAAAAACAUUCUAAAUGAAGGCUGUGGUUGUUUUUGUAAUGACCAUUCCUCUUAAAGACGGCUCAGUGCCAACAGUCGCUGAGGUUUAAACAAAUAAUCAGUGCUGGAACUUGUUACUCCAGAGUUCCCCCCCCUUUCAAUUGACUUUACAGUGUUACGGCAGCUAGCGUGAUACCUAGCUACGGAAAAGUGGGUGUUUGGGGUUUUUUCCUCUCCGUUUUACUUGACAUUUUUGGUGCAGGUUUGUGCAACAAUUGGGGGGGGGAAAUACUGACAGUUUUUUUUGUUUUUGGAAAUUGCAUCCAAAUAACUUUUGAAGGUUCCAAAGUGGGCUGCAUAAAGGACCACAGCAUCGGGAGGGCAUAGCGUGGCGCCGACUUAAACCCACCACAGCGGUCCGCAAUGGUAUUCCACGCGUGCAAGUGUUAUGUUUUUUUGGUCAAGGUGAAAGGAUAUGUUAACUUGAGUCGCAGGCUUAACUUAAUCAACAGGAUUUUUUUUGUUUUGUUUUGGUUUUUUUUCAAGCUGCGUUUAGGUGGGGAGGGACAGGCUAGGAUUUCUUGAGGUUUAUCAUUCAAUGAUUGGAGGGAUGGAGCGGGGCUAAGUGGAACAUAGGUAGUAAAUGUCGGGCGUAGUUGUCACUGGCGUUAACUACUGGUGGGGGAGGGGGUCAUUUCAAGUACUGUCAGGUGUCAAUGCAUGGACUGGUCAAGCCAGACUAAUGCUUGGAUUUUCUCAUCAGGUGUGUUGUGCCUUGAAACCCUUCUUUUUUUUCCCAAGGAAAAAAAGAUGCACUGAUCAUGUUGAGAACCUAAGGUGGAAUGGUGCUACUUGAUUUUGGGGCGUUUAGACCCUCGUGUGUUGUGCCCAUCGAGUUUUACUAAAGUUCUUUUAUUGCACAUCCAGAGUUUUAUAUAGCGUGUCUGGCAUAUGUGUCCUUAAGCUUCCAAAUAGUGUGUUUGUGUGUGUGUGUGUGAGAGAGAGAGGAGAUUGAUUGUGGUUGGGAGAGUUAAAAAAAAAAAACUACAAUAAAACGCAGCUUGUUUACAAAAGGGGAAGGUUUCUUAACAUUAAAACCAGGAUUUAUUUGGGACCAGAGGGAUUUAGCAGUCGGGAGGGGGGAAUUUAGCCAUUUGCACAGAUUUCUAGAUUCUACUUUUUGCUGCUAGUUUUGUGUAAUUUAUUAAGCAUUUUUGACAAAUAUUUAUUUUUGUAAGCCUCAAAGUGAUUCUUUGAAAGUUUCAGAAAACUUGACCAAAAGACAAUAAAAAAAAAAAUAACGCAAAAAAACACUGGCACUUGAAUGUUGAAUGUCACCCUGUAUGCGUGAAAUUUAUAUAUUUCGGGGUAGUGUGAGCUUUUUAAUGUUAAGAUACAUCGGACUCAGUACCUAAUAUGAUGAUGACGACUAUAAUAUCCACAGCUGUUUUCAGGGCCUCCGCGGGGGCCAGUCAUCGGAUUAAAAAUCUCCUAAUUGGUCUGCAGAAAUUUGCAAAUGGAAUGGAACCAAAAACAUGCCAAGGUUUGGAAUCAAGCUGUUAAAAGAGCAAACUAAUUUCCUAAGCGUCGCGCAGAAGUGUUCCGAUUUUUCUUCUAUUGUGUGCAUAAUUGUUCCUACUCUGAUUUGGUCUGAUUCUUUUUCUCCAGUGAAUGUCUGGCACAUGGCAAUCCUAAAAGAAAUGAACAUGUGGUUUAUUGUCAUUGUUGUAUUUGCAUAUUACUACAACUCUGGAGUUCUCAGUGGCUUGUAAGGCGGAGCUCACCAAGCCACUGUGGAAUUCCGGAGCUCUUUAGAUGUAGACUCUUUUGCUUUUUUUUUUUGUAUUAGCUUCCAGGCUAAUGCGCAGCUUUGGGGGAACUCGGCUGCACAGUUGUGAUUUUAUCAGAAUAAAAAUGUUUGAAUGCAAACUUUAUCUGGACGAAAACAAAAAGUCCAUUAUGUUUACUGGAGUCGUGAAAGCAAGAGAUGCCUGUAGCAAAGCAGCCCCAAAAAACGGGCAGCAAACAUUCUAAUUGGUAUCAGUUCAUCGGAUGGGCUUAAUUUCUUCUGAAGAAAAUAUAUAAAGAUCUCAUUUGUAAAUGC